CUCUCUCUCUCUCUCUCUCUCUCUCACACAGCGAGUCAGCGACUCUCUCUCUCUCUCUCUUCUCCUCCUCCGGCUUCUCCGUGCUCCGGAACUUUCCCAAAGAGGGAGAGAGAGAAAAGACCCCCUUUCGGAUUGAUCUCUUCUAUUCUCAGCUCGGCGAAUAGCUUUCCUUUUUAGGCUUUGAAGAUCUUCUAGUUUGGUUUGGUUCUUAGAGUAAUGUGGGUUUGAUUACUUCUCGAUGGAUUCUUCUCACGAUGGAGCUGCAGGUGACUCAUCCAAAUGCAGUGAAAUGAGUGUUGAGGAGAAGCGACAGCUUGUUUACGAGCUGUCCAAGCAAUCAUCACAUCUAGCUCCUGAAGUGUUGCAGGCAUGGAGCCGCCAAGAGAUUCUCCAGAUCCUAUGCGCUGAGAUGGGGAAAGAGAGAAAAUACACCGGCUUGACCAAAGUCAAGAUCAUCGAGACUCUUAUGAAGAUUGUAUCCGAGAAAAGCUCUGGAGAGUGUGAUGAUGGGACGAAGAAGAAGAAGAAGAGAGAUUCUGAUUGUUGUUUGCCUGUUCAGAGAAACUCAAAGAGAUCGAGGAAGGUCGAUAACCCUACUCGUUACGUGGCUAACAACAAUGCCUCUGGUAGCUGCAACUCGGUUACUGCUAAAGGAGAGGAGGAGAAGACUACUACUACCUACUGCAACAACUUGGCUUGCAGGGGUGUGAUGAGACAGGAAGACUCGUUUUGCAGGAGGUGCUCUUGUUGCAUUUGUCGGAAGUAUGAUGAAAACAAAGAUCCUAGUCUCUGGCUGACAUGCAGCUCGGAUCCUCCCUUUGAAGGUGGUUCCUGCGGGUUCUCGUGUCAUCUCGAAUGUGCUUUCGAGAGUGAAAAAUCCGGUCUCGCAAAGCAGCAGAGUGAGGAGGAGUGCUGCUUCUACUGCGUCUCUUGCGGUAAACGGAACAGCUUGCUUGAAUGCUGGAAGAAGCAGCUGACGAUUGCUAAAGAAGCAAGAAGAGUAGACAUACUCUGCUACCGUCUCUUACUAGUCCAGAAGCUCAUCAAAGGAUCGAGUAGUAAAUAUCGAAAUCUGUGUGAGGCUGUGGAGAAAGCUGUGAAGAGUCUUGAAGCUGAUGUGGGUCCUCUCACUAUGAAGAUGGGUAGAGGGAUUGUAAACAGGCUAAACUCAGGACCUGAUGUGCAGAAACUCUGCUCUUCUGCUCUUGAAUCUCUUGAAGUUGUUGCAUCGCCUUCACCACGCAGCCUUAAGAUGCAGCAUGAUUGUUUGAGCAAUGAGAUAUCUGCAGAUACAGCAACCACAGUAGUAGCACCAACCAAGAUCAGAUUCGAGGAUGUUAAUGCAACUUCACUCACAGUGAUCCUCGCCUCUAACGAAGUCACCUCGCCUGCAAACAUCGUUCAUUACAGUAUUUGGCAUCGGAAGGUCACCGAGAAAGAGUACCAAGAGAAGUCUACUUGCACGUUGUUCACUCCAAACGCAAGGUUUGUCGUCUCUGGAUUAGCUCCAGCGUCUGAGUAUUGCUUUAAGGUUGUGUCCUUUAGCGGAACGCGAGAGCUUGGAGUCGAUGUGAUCAACGUAAUGACUCGUAGCCCUGAUGAAAGAAGCGAAAGCCCUCUCACAAACUGUAGUACUCUGUCUUCUGUUGAAGCUGAGUCCAACAACGGCUACAUUGUUCCUCAGAACGGCAAGAAAGACUCUCCAACGACCGAGGAAAAUGAUGCGAAAAGGACAAGGGAAGCGGACGUUGUGCAGACUGAGAAGAACGUUGAAGGGGCUGUGCUGUUGGAAGAGGAGGAAGAAGCUGUUCAGGACAAGAACGUCGCGGUCACUACAACAAAUGGAAACAGUUCUCCGGUUACUCCUUUCAAGUCGGACCAAACCAAGAACCGUCAAGCUAGGAACAAGAAGUCGGUUAAAGAAAACGGUAACAACAACGGAGAUCAUCAUUCAGAGAACGGAGGAGCAGAGAGUGGAUUAGAGCAUUGUGUGAAGAUCAUAAGACAGCUCGAGUGUUCAGGACACAUUGAGAAAGACUUCAGACAGAAGUUUCUGACUUGGUAUAGCUUGAGAGCUACCCCACAAGAGAGCAGAGUUGUGAAGAUAUUCAUGGAUACUUUUGCUGAUGAUCCUGUGGCUUUAGCUGAGCAGCUUGUUCAUACUUUCAGCGACCGCGUUUCGAUGAAGCGUUCUGCGAUUGGUGGUGGUGCGUCUGCGGUUGUUCAGUCUGGAUUCUGCAUGAAGUUGUGGCAUUAGGGAUGGAGAUUUGGGGUUUAUCAUCGGUUUUUAUUUAAAAUGUCUGUAGCUUUUUUAAUCUAUUUCUCAAAAUCGUUACAAAACUUUAUUUGUCAUUAUUGGGAAACUUGCAUUAUUGGAAUAUUUCCAUGUUAUCAGAAGUGAGAAAGUCUACUAGAAACUGUGAACUUCCAGAAAUUUAACAUCUUUCAAGCU